UCCAGGACGCUGAGGGCGCUGAUUGGCUGAGGCCCCUGCAGCAAGGCUUCUGGUGAGCUUCCGAGCCCUGGACUUGGUGUCAAGUCUACAGACAGUGAACCAGGGCUUGGGGCUCCAGUCUCCUCACCUGGGACUCGCGGUGGCCUGGUACCUUGGCAGGCUGCACAUCUGAAGUGGGCUCUUUAGUCCUGGAGUUCCUAGAUCUUCUCACACCCACCAUGAAUACCUCUCAUUUCAUGGCCUCCCUCUUCCCAGGAUCCCUACAGGGUAAGAAUGGGACCAACCCACUGGAUUCCCUCUAUAAUUUCUCUGAUGGCUGCCAGGAUUCGGCAGACCUGUUAGCCUUCAUCAUCACCACCUACAGCAUUGAGACCAUCUUGGGGGUCCUGGGAAACCUCUGCUUGAUAUUUGUGACCAUAAGGCAAAAAGAAAAGUCCAAUGUGACCAACCUACUCAUUGCCAACCUGGCCUUCUCUGACUUCCUCAUGUGCCUCAUCUGCCAGCCACUCACAGUCACCUACACCAUCAUGGACUACUGGGUCUUUGGUGAAGUCCUUUGCAAGAUGUUAACUUUCAUCCAGUGUAUGUCGGUGACAGUCUCCAUCCUCUCACUGGUCCUUGUGGCCCUGGAGAGGCACCAGCUCAUUAUCAAUCCAACAGGCUGGAAACCUAGUAUUUUCCAGGCCUACCUGGGGAUUGGGGUCAUCUGGUUCAUCUCUUGUUUCCUCUCCUUGCCUUUCUUGGCCAAUAGCAUCCUGAACGACCUCUUCCACCACAAUCACUCUAGGGUUGUAGAGUUUCUGGAAGACAAGGUCGUCUGCUUUGUGUCCUGGUCCUCAGAUCAUCACCGUCUCAUCUAUACCACCUUUCUGCUGCUCUUUCAGUACUGCAUCCCUCUGGCCUUUAUCCUGGUCUGUUAUGUACGCAUCUACCAGCGCCUGCGGAGGCAGAGGCUUGUGUUCCAAGGGCACACUUGCAGCUCACGAGUGGGGCAGAUGAAGCGGAUCAAUGGCAUGCUCAUGGCAAUGGUGACUGCCUUUGCAGUUCUCUGGCUGCCUCUGCAUGUGUUCAACACUCUGGAGGACUGGUACCAGGAAGCCAUCCCCGCUUGCCAUGGCAACCUUAUCUUCUUGGUGUGCCACCUGUUUGCCAUGGCUUCCACCUGUGUCAACCCUUUCAUCUAUGGCUUUCUCAACAUCAACUUCAAGAAGGAUAUCAAGGCUCUGGUGCUGACCUGCCAUUGCAGGUCACCUCGAGGGGAAACUGAACAUCUGCCCCUGUCCACCGUGCACACAGACAUCUCCAAAGGAUCUAUGAGGAUGGGUAGCAAGUCUAACUUCAUAUAGUCAUGUCUGGGCUUUUCCCUACCAUUUUCUUUUGACAUACCCUUUCACUUAGCUAAGUAUACACACUGCAAGCUGCGAUGGCAUCGUGUCAUUUCUGGCUUUUGGGGCCCAGAUAGGCUGGCAAGAGACUUGAACCUUGACAUUCAGCUGGUUUAGCUAUUUGCUUCUGGGAGAACUCUGAGUCGAAAUUCUGCAGAUCACAGAGGGAACUUUGUGACUUGAGCUGCAAGGGUGUUAGAGCCAGAAAUGGCUGACUCUUGCAGUCAGUCAGCACAGAUGCCUGGCCCCAAAGCCUUCAUCCAUGUCCAUUCACCUAAUUUGCCCUUGGUGAUGUGCUCUGCUCUUUCAAGGGAUGUUGAGUGUUUCAGUAUAGGUUGGGUGUUGGAAGGAGCAGGUGCUGGGAGUUGGGAGUCUGCUUCAUAGAGUACUUGCUGAAAAGAACAGGGGCAAUAGGUAUGGUAUGGUAAAUGUGACUGUCUUAUCUUUGGAGGUCAAAGUUCAGUGCCCUUUCUGGCUGCUGAAAGGGGUCCAAAGGCAUCCUCAGUGUG